AAAAAGUCCAUUUUACUAUCACUAAUGUGUGUUGGGGUACAAGUAUGUUUUUUAUGAUUUUGUAGUGGUGUUGCUGAGGUGGUUAGUUGCUGAUUCUAGACUGGACAUGGAGGGUACCACUAUCCGACUCUUAAGUUUUUCUCUGGCACUUCUCAGUCUUUGUGUCCAUGGCCUUAUUGGAAGUGUAGUUGGCUCUGUCAGGAUUGGAGGUUAUCCUGUAUACAAUGAGGCUGGUCUCCCCAUGCAGGAUGUGAAACCACAGAGUUCCUAUAGCUGGUAUGGCCAUGAAAAUGUAUCGGAUCCCAUUAGUCCUCAAAGAUCUAAGAAUAUCACUUACAGUUUCGCACAAGUUAAGGGUGUGUAUAGCAGUGUAAGCUAUAGUCCUCAAAAUGGCUCUUCUGGUCUUGGCCCAAUGACUAAUGUGAACAAGCCUGACUCUGAUGCUAGAAGUCAAGUUCAAGGAUCUCUAAUGUCUUCAGCUGGAAGUGGUAGUCUUGUACCCAUUGCAGUGGCCACAGAAUCAGAAAGUAUGAGCAUUGAGUCUCUACCCAAGCCAGCGCAGCUCAACUAUCAAACUUUAGGGGAGUCUAGUAGUGAAUCUGUGGCAUCUAGUAGCCAGCAACUAGUGCAGACCAGCUCCCAGUCCAGUGGCCAAUUAGUGCAAGUCCGCUACCAGUCUUCAGUGCAGCCCAUUGUCAAGCCUCAAAGUAGACUUCAAGUUGGUUCCAGGUUAUUUUCUGGUACCAGGCCAGUGCAGACUUCAAGUUCCACCUUUUUCGUAAAGCCUUUGCAGCAAAGCGGUGAGUCCUCACAACCCAGCUAUCAGUUCAGACAAGGCAGCUAUGGGUCUGGACUUGUGCCAUUGCUCAGUGGGCAGCAACUAGUGCAGUCAAGCAAUGAUUCCAUGGUUCAGCCUAAUGUGCAACUAGCACAGGCAAGAUACAAACCUGUGGCCCUGCUCGGCCUCCAACAAUCAUCUCAAGCCAGCAGCCAGAACUUGGAACAAGCCGUCUCUCAAUCUGUGGACCAGUCCAGUGAUCUGCCAUCAGCACAAGCCAGCCACCAGUCUGUGGACCAGUCCAGCAUCCAAGCCCAAUCCAGCUCACAGUCUUUGUCCCAGCCAGGUGGCCAACAACCAGGGCAGGCCCUUUACCCAUCGGUGUCCCCGCCCAGUGCUUUGCAGUCAGCACAAGCCAGCUACCCAUCUGUGUCCCAGCCCAGUGGCCUACAGUCAGCACAAGCCAGCCACCAGUCUGUGGACCAGUCCAGCGUCCAACACCAAGCCCAAUCCAGCUCACAGUCUGUGGACCAGUCCAGUGGUCUGCCAUCAGCCCAAGCCAGCUACCCAUCUGUGGUCCAGCCCAGUGGCCUGCAGUCUGCACAAGCCUCUUACCAGUCCGUGUCCAGGCCCAGUGGCCCACAACCAGGACAGGCCCUCUACCAGUCUGUGUACCAGCCCAGUGGCCUGCAGUUGGCACAAGCCAGCUACCCUUCUGUGGUCCAGCCUAGUGGCCUUCAGUCAGCACAAGCCUCUUACCAGUCUGUGACCAGGCCCAGUGGCCCACAACCAGGACAGGCCCUCUUCCAGUCUGUGUCCAGGCCCAGUGGCAAACAAGGACAAGCCACCUACCCAUCUGUGUCCCAGUCCAGUGGCCCACAACCAGUACAGGCCCUCUACCAGUUUGUGUCCCGGCCCAGUGGCCUGCAGUCAGCACAAGCCAGCCACCAGUCUGUGGACCAGUCCAGUGUCCAACACCAAGCCCAAUCCAGCUCACAGUCUUUGUCCCAGCCAGGUGGCCAACAACCAGGGCAGGCCCUUUACCCAUCUGUGUCCCCGCCCAGUGCUUUGCAGUCAGCACAAGCCAGCUACCCAUCUGUGUCCCAGCCCAGUGGCCUACAGUCAGCACAUGCCAGCCACCAGUCUGUGGACCAGUCCAGCGUCCAACACCAAGCCCAAUCCAGCUCACAGUCUGUGGACCAGUCCAGUGGUCUGCCAUCAGCCCAAGCCAGCUACCCAUCUGUGGUCCAGCCCAGUGGCCUGCAGUCUGCACAAGCCUCUUACCAGUCCGUGUCCAGGCCCAGUGGCCCACAACCAGGACAGGCCCUCUACCAGUCUGUGUACCAGCCCAGUGGCCUGCAGUUUGCACAAGCCAGCUACCCUUCUGUGGUCCAGCCUAGUGGCCUUCAGUCAGCACAAGCCUCUUACCAGUCUGUGACCAGGCCCAGUGUCCUACAACCAGUACAGGCCCUCUUCCAGUCUGUGUCCAGGCCCAGUGGCAAACAAGGACAAGCCACCUACCCAUCUGUGUCCCAGUCCAGUGGCCCACAACCAGGACAGGCCCUCUACCAGUCUGUGUCCCGGCCCAGUGGCCUGCAGUCAGCACAAGCCAGCUACCCUUCUGUGGUCCAGCCUAGUGGCCUUCAGUCAGCACAAGCCUCUUACCAGUCUGUGACCAGGCCCAGUGGCCCACAACCAGGACAGGCCCUCUACCAGUCUGUGUCCCGGCCCAGUGGCCUUCAGUCAGCACAAGCCUCUUACCAGUUUGUGUCCCGGCCCAGUGGCCUUCAGCCAGUACAGGCCCUCUUCCAGUCUGUGUCCAGGCCCAGUGGCAAACAAGGACAAGCCACCUACCCAUCUGUGUCCCAGUCCAGUGGCCCACAACCAGUACAGGCCCUCUACCAGUUUGUGUCCCGGCCCAGUGGCCUGCAGUCAGCACAAGCCAGCCACCAGUCUGUGGACCAGUCCAGUGUCCAACACCAAGCCCAGUCCAGCUCACAGUCUGUGGACCAGUCCAGUGGUCUGCCAUCAGCCCAAGCCAGCUACCCAUCUGUGGUCCAGCCAAGUGGCCUGCAGUCUGCACAAGCCUCCUAUCAGUCCGUGUCCAGGCCCAGUGGCCCACAACCAGGACAGGCCCUCUACCAGUCUGUGUCCCGGCCCAGUGGCCUUCAGUCAGCACAAGCCUCUUACCAGUUUGUGUCCCGGCCCAGUGGCCCACAGCCAGUACAGGCCCUCUUCCAGUCUGUGUCCAGGCCCAGUGGCAAACAAGGUCAAGCCAGCUACCCAUCUGCUGUCCAGCCCAGUGGUCUGCAAUUAGCACAAGCCAGCUACCCUUCUGUGGUCCAGCCUAGUGGCCUGCAGUCAGCACAAGCCAGCCACCAGUCUGUGACCAGGCCCAGUGUCCCACAACCAGGACAGGCCCUUUACCCAUCUGUGUCCCAGCCCAGUGGCCUGCAGUCAGCACAAGCCAGCUACCAGUCUGCUGUCCAGCCCAGUGGCAUGCAAUUGGCACAAGCCAGCUACCCAUCUGUGUCCCGGCCCAGUGGCCCACGACCAGUACAGGCCCUCUUCCAGUCUAUGUCCAGGCCCAGUGGCAAACAUGGACAAGCCACCAACCCAUCUGUGUCCCAGCCCAGUGGCCUGCAAUUAGCACAAGCCAGCUACCCAUCUGCUGUCCAGCCCAGUGGCCCUCAACCAGUACAGGCCCUCUACCAGUCUGUGUCCAGGCCCAGUGGCCCACAACCAGGACAGGCCCUCUUCCAUUCUGUGUCCAGUCCCAGUGGCAAACAAGGACAAGCCAGCUACCCAUCUUCUGUCCAGCCCAUUGGCCCUCAACCAGUACAGGCCCUCUACCAGUCUGUGUCCAGGCCCAGUGCCCUGCAGUCAGCACAAGCCACCUACCCAUCUGUGUCCCAGUCCAGUGGCCCACAACCAGAACAGGCCCUCUACCAGUCUGUGUCCCAGUCCAGUGGCCCACAACCAGAACAGGCCCUCUACCAGUCUGUUUCCCGGCCCAGUGGCCUGCAGUCAGCACAACCCAGCUACCCAUCUGUGGUCCAGUUUAGUCGCCUUCAGUCAGCACAAGCCUCUUACCAGUUUGUGUCCCGGCCCAGUGGCCCACAACCAGUACAGGCCCUCUUCCAGUCUGUGUCCAGGCCCAGUGGCAAACAAGGACAAGCCAGCUACCCAUCUGCUCUCCAGCCCAGUGCCCUGCAGUCAGCACAAGCCAACCACCAGUCUGUGGACCAGUCCAGCAUCCAACACCAAGCCCAAUCCAGCUCACAGUCUGUGGACCAGUCCAGUGGUCUGCCAUCAGCACAAGCCAGCUACCCAUCUGUGUCCUGGCCCAGUGGCCCACAACCAGGACAGGCCCUUUUCCAAUCUGUCAAGCCCGGUGGCCUGCAGUCAGGACAAGCCAGCUUCCCAUCUGUUGUCCAGACCAGUGGCCUGCAGUCAGGACAAGCCAGCUUCCCAUCUGUUGUCCAGACCAGUGGCCUGCAGUCAGCACUAGCUCGUUACCGGUCUGUUUACCAACAAGCAGGACAGGCCAGCUACCAGUCUUUCUCCCAACCCAGUAGCCAGCAGCCAGCACAAAUCCACUACCAAUCUGUGUCCCAGCAGCCUGGAUUCCAGGUCUUUUCUGUGCCAGAUCAGUCAAGUUAUAGGUCUCAUUCCAGUCUUGGUUCCCAGUCUCUAGAGCAACCCAGUAAUGUACCUCUUUCUUCAAGCUAUGAGUCUGCAAUGCAGUCUUUCAAGCCUGGCUUUCAAGAUCCAGCACCUCCACACUAUCAGACUACUCAAAAUGAGCGUUCAUCUCUAGGCAUAUUGAGGUUGCAACAAGUGAAGUCUUAGCUGCUUUGCUGCUUUUUCUUAAUUUGGUGUUUGCUUUUGUUUUUGAAAAAAUAAAUCAUUUAUAAAAUGGG